AUGGCGAGCAUGACGCGCUCCGACUCGGCCGCCGAGGCGUCGUCGACAUUGCCCCUCGUCAAUGGGGCGUCGGCCUCGGCGUCCUCCGCGCCUGGCGCAUCGCUCACGCUGCUCAAGCCCGGCAGCAACCCAAGGCAGAACGCGCCGCGCAUAGACAUCGAGCCGCUUUAUACCGCGCUGAAGGCCCAGAUUGGCGAGCACUGGGCCGCAUAUAAGGAGGCUAUAUCUUUGUUCGUGCUGGGCCGGCUCAACCAGCAGGAGCUUGGACGGCGCAUAGACUGGUUCAUUGCCAUAGACGCGGCGCGCGAGCAUCAGCACAAUCAGCUCGUCGCUGCCAUCUAUGCAAACACAACGCGCGAUCCUCCCGAGCCCGGCGUCGCCAGCUGGGUUAGCGCGAACGACAAGCCCAGCGCCACGAGCAAGCCGAGCAGCGGCGACGCGGCCGAGCUGCGACUCAAGACCGAGGUCAAGGAGCUGCAGGGUCGCGAAAGGAAACGCCUCAAGGCGAUACCCGAUGACCCCACGGAUUAUUUCAGCAAGGAGUUGCAGGAGUACCACGCUGCAAAGCAAAUAUCGCUGCCAGAUCCCGGAACCGCAUCCGCUGCUGGUUUCAGCAAAACCAAUUGGGACCUCGAAAUUCGGAAGCGCUAUGCCCAACCACUCUGCACCGAGACAUUCGAGUUUCCAGACACGCCGGCCAUCGAGGCACGUAUGACGCCCAUAUGUUACGAAGAGGGAAUCGCGUCCGGCGCGUCGCCAGACGCAGCCGCUUUCAUGAACGUUGCGACGGAGACGUUCAUCAAGGAAGUGCUCUCGAAUAUUCUCGGCCGCGUGCGCAGCAACGGAGACGACUACAUCAAGACGGCGGCAUACAGGAAGCAAUUACAACGCGAGGAGGAGAUGUGGCUACAGGGCGAAGUCCAACGCAACCCCGCCGGCCUGCUCCCGAUCGAGGUCGAGGAAAGCAAGAACAGGAAGCCCCUCAACCUGGGCGAUUUGCGCAUCGCCAUCGAACUCGGCGACAGCUAUCUGGGACAGGUUCCCCUCAUCACGGCCGGUGUUAUGAAUUCCCGCUAUUACGAUGGCGAGAGCUACGAAGCAGAAAAAAUGGACAUCGACGAUUUUGGCACAUCGACAAACAGCGCCGUGACGGCCGCCCGCCUGGCAAACGGAACGACCAUAAAUGGCGUGAACGGCGUUCAUCACGAUCCAGACGAGAUGAUGAUUGAUGACGACUGGGGCUGGCAGGGCGCAUCGGCGAAGGAUCGCGAAGCUGUCAACUCCGUCCUCGAUGAUAUAUUGGCCAUCGGUCAAUAA